AAGCUAAAUUAAAGUAAAACCCUAGACCAAACGAAGUUGCUGUUACUUUUCUCCAUGGCUGUUCAGAGCUCCAUUUCCAGCGAAGCGCAAGCUUCAAAAAGCGAUUCUCAUGGCCAUUUCUUUGUAUGGAGAGAAUUUGUUUGGGGAGCUGUUGCGGGUGCUUUUGGGGAAGGAAUUAUGCAUCCGGUAGAUACUGUUAAAACACGGAUACAAAGUCAAGCUAUUCUAAAUAGAAUUGAGAACCAGAAAGGCAUAUUGCAGAUGGUGCGGUCUGUCUGGCAAGUUGAUGGAUUAAGAGGGUUUUACAGGGGUGUACUACCUGGUAUUACGGGGUCUCUAGCAACUGGUGCAACAUAUUUUGGUGUCAUAGAGUCCACUAAAAACUGGAUUGAGGAUUCACAUCCGAGCCUUAGGGGCCACUGGGCACAUUUCAUUGCAGGAGCUGUUGGAGAUACUCUCGGUUCUAUUGUGUAUGUUCCUUGCGAAGUGAUAAAACAGCGUAUGCAAGUUCAAGGAACAAUUAAAUCUUGGAGUUCCAUUGCAAGGGAAAAUGGCGCUGCAAUAAAGCCUGGGUCACAAAUAUAUAGUUAUUAUACAGGGAUGUUCCAUGCAGGCUGCUCAAUAUGGAAAACACAUGGCCUCAAGGGCUUAUAUGCAGGAUAUUUGUCUACACUGGCGAGGGACAUUCCAUUUGCUGGCCUAAUGGUCGUGUUCUAUGAAGGUUUGAAAGAUGUCACGGAGUAUGGGAAGCAAAAAUGGACAUCCAGUCCAAAUUGGCAAAUUAGUAAUUCGCUCGAGGGACUAGUUCUAGGAGGAUUAGCCGGUGGCCUGAGUGCAUAUCUCACUACUCCUUUGGAUGUCGUCAAAACAAGGCUGCAAGUGCAGGGAUCAACUUUAAGGUAUAGUGGCUGGUUGGAUGCAAUUCACAAUGUAUGGGCUAGGGAAGGGAUGAAGGGGAUGUUUAGGGGUAGCAUCCCCAGGAUUACAUGGUACAUUCCGGCUUCUGCGCUAACAUUCAUGGCUGUGGAAUUUCUCAGAGAUCAUUAUAAUGAAAAAGCGCCCCGUUAUGAUUCACGAGAUGCUACCAGAUUAUCAGUAUCCAAGAAAAAAUCUCUGCAGGAGGUUGCUUAAAAGUUCUGAUUGAGCUCAUUGCUUCCCAUAUUUAUUUUUACAAAGAUGGGGGGUUUGUAUAUAUCAAAAUUGUUACUCACAUUCCCAUUGUUGUCAACAUGCUAUGACAUGAAAAUUAUGCGCUUAUCAACAAAAAAAAAACAUGAAAAUUAUGCUUUGAAUAUUAUUGGUUUUGAUACUUGAGAUAUAUGUAAGAAUGUUCAAAUAAUCAUCAUGCUAAUAAUUGCAGCAUUUAAUAUAUAAUAGGCUUUGAAUA